UUGCAAGUGGAAGGGAGUUGUAAAAAUUUUCACAUGGAAUCACAAACUCUAUGCAUUCACCUGAAGUUUACCCAUCAUCAUCAUCAUCAUCAUCGUCAUCAUCUAUUCUACGCUGCCCUUAAACUUCUCUUCACAAAGUUUCAAUCUUCACCGCAAACUCUUUAGCACUCUGAGAAGAAAAUGUCAGAAUCUGAGGAAGAAAAUACAGACCGUGUUCCAAGGUCAAAGCCCGCAGAGGAAGUUGGCUGCACCAUGGACUUCGAUCUUGACUUAGAAACUUCAUGGCCUUUGGAUCACAUGUCCUUUGGCUCCAAUCCCAUGUCACCUUUUCUGUUCUCCUCCAACUCUGACCAGCCUUACUCUCCUCUGUGGGCUUUCUCUGAUGGAGAAGACGCCAAGUUUCCAGCUUCUGCCUUCUCUGAUUGCCACAAGAUCUUCCCUUGUGAUUCAAAUUCAAUUGAUGAAAAGCCAGAGGAGAAUGAUGACAACAAGAAGCUUUUGCCACCACUUGCGCCUAUGCCACCACUGGAAAAUGUGGGCGGAUACUGUGUAAUUAAGGAAAGGAUGACACAAGCGCUUCGAUACUUCAAAGAGUUGACUGAAUUGAAUGUUCUGGCUCAAGUUUGGGCACCUGUGCGGAAUGGUAAUCGGUAUGUGCUUACAACUUCAGGUCAACCAUUUGUUCUUGAUCCACACAGUAAUGGGCUGCAUCAGUAUAGAACGGUCUCUCUGAUGUACAUGUUUGCUGUGGAUGGGGAGAACGAUGGAAGUUUGGGACUCCCUGGUCGGGUUUUUCAGCAGAAAUUACCAGAAUGGACUCCCAAUGUUCUGUAUUAUUCCAGUAAAGAGUAUCCACGCCGAGAUCAUGCUCAACAUUACAAUGUUCGUGGAUCUUUGGCUCUGCCCGUGUUUGAACCUGCAUUGCAGUCAUGUGUUGGUGUACUGGAGUUGAUAAUGACUUCUCAGAAGAUUAACUAUGCUCCCGAGGUUGAUAAAAUCUGCAAAGCCCUUGAGACAGUAAAUUUGAGGAGUUCGGAAAUUUUGGACCAUCCAUACACUCAGAUAUGUAAUGAAGGCCGUCAGAAUGCUUUAUCAGAGAUCUUGGAGAUACUGACAGUGGUUUGUGAAACUCAUAAUUUACCUCUGGCGCAAACAUGGAUUCCUUGUAAGCAUCGGAGUGUCUUGGCCCAAGGUGGUGGUGUGAAGAAAAUUUGUUCUAGUUUUGAUGGUAGCUGCAUGGGGAAAGUUUGCAUGUCUACAACUGACGUAGCAUUCUAUAUUAUAGAUGCCCAUUUAUGGGGUUUCCGUGAGGCCUGUGUUGAGCAUCACUUACAACAAAGUCAAGGGGUUGCUGGGAGGGCUUUUUUGUCCCACAGCAUGUGCUUCUGUUCAAGCAUUACCCAAUUCUGCAAGACUGAUUACCCCUUAGUUCAUUAUGCUCUCAUGUUUGGAUUAACAAGCUGUUUUGCAAUAUGUUUACGAAGCUCUCAUACAGGAACUGAUGAUUAUGUAUUAGAGUUUUUUCUGCCUCCUAGGGUCACAGACUUUCACGAACAAAAGACUUUGUUGGCGUCCAUAUUGGCAACAAUGAAACAGCAUUUCCAGAGUCUUAAGAUUGCUUCUGGUGUUGAACUUGAGGAUGGUUCAAUUGAAAUUAUCGAAGCAACAAUUGAAAGAAUUCACACGAGGCAUGAAUCCAUUCCAAUUGCCCCAUCUAUUAGAUCACAUCCUAGACCUGAUACUUCACCAUAUAUGGAGGAGGAAGUUUCACUUGAUCCAUCAGAGCAACACAUAUUGAUGUACUGUAAUGGUACCAAUCAUGGAGCGAAUCUCAGUGAUAAAGCAGGUGGGAAAAUUGAUCAUAUGAUUACUUUAGAGACUAAAACCUCAAAGAAACCCUUAGAGAGGAAGCGUGGAAAAACUGAGAAAUCAAUCAGUCUUGAAGUCUUGCAACGAUAUUUUGCUGGGAGUCUAAAAGAUGCUGCAAAGAGCCUUGGUGUUUGUCCUACCACAAUGAAGCGCAUCUGUAGGCAGCAUGGGAUAUCACGAUGGCCAUCUCGAAAGAUCAACAAGGUUAAUCGUUCCCUGUCCAAGCUGAAGCGUGUUAUUGAAUCUGUCCAGGGUGCUGAAGGAGCAUUUGGUUUGAAUUCUCUCAGCACAAGUCCACUUCCCAUUGCUGUUGGUUCCCUUCCUGAACCAUCUACUCCAAACAAGUUCAGCCAGCCAGUCUCAAUGAGCAUUAGACCAUCAGAACCUCAGAUGAAAGUGAAUGAAUUGAAUGCCUCCAAAGAACUAGAAACAAACAGAGAAGCAGGAAUGGAAGAUCAAUUGGUAGGAGGAAGAAUACAUAAUCUUGAGAGAGUUACCAAUGAUAAAGGAGGUUCUACUCAGGAGAUUGGGAAAGAACCGAAAAGGACUAGAACUGGAAGUGGCUCAAGUGAGGAUAGCACAAACCCUACUUCUCACGGUUCAUGGCAUGACAGUAUCCCAAAUGAAAGUUCACCUGUAAAAGAUAUAUUCAUUACUUCCAACCAUGACCAAUGUGCAGUGCUAAGGAGAUCACCAGAGUCAACACUGCAGCCAGCCACUAAUACACCGAACCAGGCCACUCCUUUCUGUAUGCCAGAAUUUGUGGCUGCAGAACUUCAAGAGCCAUUUGGAGGGAUGCUAAUAGAGGAUGCUGGUAGUUCUAAAGACUUAAGAAAUUUGUGUCCUUCAGUAGCUGAGGCCAUUUUGGAGGACCUUGUUCCUGAAGCUUGUGGGACUAAUCCUCCAGCCUUAGAUUUGUCUCCCAAGCAAAGCAUGGGUACUCCUAAUAAAGCAGUGACACCUUUUGCAGCAACGAAAGAAAUGAAGACUGUGACUAUCAAGGCAACAUACAGAGAAGAUAUCAUAAGAUUCCGGGUCUCAAUGACAUGUGGCAUUGUGGAACUGAAAGAAGAAGUUGCCAAAAGAUUGAAACUUGAGGUGGGUACGUUUGAUAUCAAGUACCUUGAUGAUGAUCAUGAAUGGGUUUUGAUAGCCUGUGAUGCAGACCUGCAGGAGUGCAUGGAUGUGUCAAGAUCACCAGGAAGCAACAUAAUCAGGGUUUUGGUGCAUGACAUAACGUCCAAUCUUGGAAGCUCAUGUGAGAGCUCGGGAGAGUGAGAAGUGUGUGUACAUAGGUUUAGUUUGUACUCUAAUUAUGUAGGUCCUUUCUCGUUUUUAGGAUAAAAACACGGAAACAAAAUAGUUUUUGGUUA